AUGAAAUCGUCCCUUGAUACAAGAGACAGGAGCAAGUAUUGCGAAUUCCAUCGGGAUCAUGGGCAUACCACAGAGGAUUGUCAAGUCUUGUGGCGGGAGAUUGAGGUCCUCAUCAAAAGGGGAUUUUUAAGAAAUUACAUUGGUCAUGAUAAACUUCUUCCGAGGAACAACCGUGAUUAUUGGAAAGAGCCUGGGGCCGGAAGCAGUGCUCAACCUACCGUCGGGACCAUUAACAUUAUCAUUGAAGGCAUAGCAUCUGGGGGAGACAAAAGUAGUAGGCGAAAACAAUAUGCCCGCCAACAUGCUCGUACCUCGAAGGAAUCUCACGAUAAACUCAAAGAUAUUACUUUUGGGGCAAGGGAUUUGGAAAUAGUUUCAUAUCCUCAUGACGACGCUUUGGUCGUCUAUGCAAUUGUGGCUAAUUUUGAAGUAAAGAGGGUUCUGAUUAAUAAUGGUAGUACAACAAAUAUACUUUCACAUGAGGCUUUUACUAAAAUGGGGAUCUCUCUCAAACAGUUCAAAGUAGUUAAAACUCCUCUGCGGGGAUUUGAUGGUGGGGUCAUUAUCCGGGAAGGCAUCGUCGAGCUUUCGCUUACAUUGGGUUCUGACAAUGCACAAGUGAUGGAGAUCACUCCUUUUCAAGUUGUUAGUACUCCUAUGGCUUACAACGUGAUCCUGGAAAGGCCCCUAUUGAACAAGAUCCAAGCCAUUGUAUCAACUUUCCACCCAGCCAUGAAGUUCCCAACAUGUCAUGGCAUCGGAGUAGUUCGAGUAGACCAAGCAACUGCCAGACAGUGCUAUGUUACUAGCAUCUAA